AUGGUGGUUAUGUGUUUGGGGAGCUUGAGGGUUGAGGAAGUGGGUUUCGAUCAAGAAACAGUUUCAUCACAAUUAUUACCUUAUUUAAAUUCACUUGUAAGUAAAUCAGAAAUUCAAGAAUAUUUAAAAAGUUUAUUAGGUGAUGGUAUAGAACAAGAUCAGUUUAUUAAACAAAUCAUUUCAAGUAAAUUUAAGGAAUCUGUACCGAUUGUCGGAUCAUCAAAACAAAAACAAAACCAAAACCAAAACCAAAAACAACACCAAAACCAAAACCAACUUGAUUUUCCAACCCUAAAUUCUAAACCCAAAACAAAUUCAGAUCUUUCUAAUUCUUCAAGGUUUAUAAAGGUUUCUUCUAAACCAAAGAAACCGUUUCAAAACGAUUCAAAAGAAAUUGGAUAUCAAGAUAUGAGUUUGAAGUUCGGUUCGUGUGGCAAUGUUUAUGUGAAAGAUAAAGGAAAAGAUUUGAACGGAUUAAAAGUGGUUAAAAAACCAACCCACGAACAAGGAACGGAUACGAACGUUGGUCAUCCGUCUACUUCUUCUUCACAAAGAACAUCGGAUCUUCCUGAACCGUCACUAAAGGAAGAAAAGAUUACAAGGUUAGAAGAUUCGUUGGGUUCCAAGUCGGGUCGGGUGAUGAAGGUUUCGGAUCUUACGAUUCCAUUAUCUGAACCGAUCUUAAGAGAGUUAUUUGAACUAGAAAGGAUCAUCACUUCACUACAAACUGGACCUGAUUCUGAUUCGAAACCGAAACCGAAUUCGAAAAAUCCAAAAAAUCAAGCUUGUUUUUGUUCAGGUCGACUUCACGGUUUACCUUCAAGUCCAUUACCUAACCGAUGUUCAUACUGUGGUAUGAUCUAUUGUCGAAACAAAUUACCAUUCUCUAGUUGUCCAUCUUGUUCAAGAUUAGAUUUAGUGUUUCAAGACCAUCAGAGUAAGUUUAAAGAAUCGAUUCUUUCAUACUUUGAAUCGAAAAGACAAGAAUCCAUUCAACUUGAAAUCAACAAAUUCGAAAGAUUACAAGAAAACUUUAAGCGGUUAAGGUUAACUGAAGAAAACCGUCAAAGAGAGUUUCCGGAUUUAUCUACCAUUGGUUCGAAAGCUUUGAAUGAUCAUCAAGGGAUUAGACAUUCGUAUGUUGAUCAAGUUAGUGGGGUUGGAUCUAUUGAAGAUCGUAUAAGGGAAGGAUAUCGAAACUUGCAAAACUCUACUUCACGUACAGUUUUACGAUUAGAUUCUAAAUCAGGACAAACUAAAGUAGUGAAAACGACUAAGACGAUCAAGAAUCAAACGAAAUCUAAAACAGAAGUUCAAGAAGAGAAUUUCAUGAAGCUUAAAGAGAUCGAAGAGGAAGUGUUGGGUUUGAAAACUUUGGAUCAGACGGAUGAUGGGUUUAGGAUCUCAUUGGGUUUAGAACCUGUCUUUUCAAACUUAUUUGAACAGCUUGGAACUCGGGUUGUCAAGGUUGUUGAAAUGAUGAUCAUCGGUCUUGAAGCAGUCGCUGAUAAAACUGUGAUCGGAGUUCUUGCUCCGCCCAGCAACUGCAUCGCCAAUUACUACAUCGCCAAUUAG